AUGACGGCUGCCGCUGCGCAAGAUCAGACCCAUUCUCGCCCCUCGCCCGCCAGUCACCUUCGACAGUCGAGCUCCUCCAAACCCACACCCUCAACUUCUCAACCUCGACAUUACGCCAGCAUAUCGCGGAGGACAAACAGCACUGCGCUGCUCGGAGUUAAUGGAAGUCCCAACAACAUGCCGCAAACUCAGGGUCUUAACGGAUCCUCCGCCUUCCCCGAUGCGACAACUCAACCCUCACCAUUCGGCGGUGCUGCUCCCCCUCUAGCACUUCAACGAUCCACGAGCCACGAUGAUAGCAAUGCAAGACGCCCUUCAAGUGCCCCUGGUAACAAACAGAAUCUGGCCGCCGGCUUCUCUACCGGCGAACAAUCGGAUUCGGAUCGACCGAAGCGGCCAUCCGUGAAACCGCUGCUUAUGCGAUCCAAGAGCGAAUUUGGAGUCAGCCGCCCCGAGGAGGUUGAUCACUCUGAAGAAGAUAUCCCUCAUUGGGGCGCCAGACAUGGCUUCGAUGAAUAUCACGAGUCGCCGGAAAUCCUGGCCCAAAUAGCAAAUCUCUGCGCCUCCCCACUUGGCGGCCUUGUGGCGGCGCUGUCCAGCCGGACUGGUCUAACCAUAGUCUCCUAUCGGCGCGCGUCGCGCAAAGAAAGGAGACUUGGUGCUCUGCUCUUUUGGCUUGCUCGUACGACAUGCUGGGACGCUGUUGCCCAGAAUCCAACAUUUCAGACGAUGCAGUCUCCCGGGUGGAUGGGGCCGACAACCGUAUUGGCAGUCUUGGAUCCAGACGAGCCCGAGUGCGACAACAUCGCUUCUUUGCGCCAUUGGGACUCGUUGGUUUCAACUCGCAUCUUGAGCCAUGCUGACUCCUUUCUCCAGAAUUGGUACAUGUAUUGGACCGACAAGCGACACGAGACAACCGGCAAGCCCAAGGCGACAUUACACAAGCUGCAGGAUUGGCGCAUGCGAGAUAGACUUAAGACAGUAUCUGCUGCGCUGGCCGUCUGCCUUAAUAUUUCAGUCGAGCCUCCCGACCAGCUUAAGACGAACCCGGGCGCCAAACUGGAAGCAUGGACAGACCCUACAACGCCGCCACCUCAGAAGGCCCUCGAGAACAUCGGCAAAGCCCUCCAGGCGCAGUACGAGACACUGGCUAUACGCACAAGAUAUAAGCAGUACCUCGAUCCGUCGGUGGAAGAGACCAAAAAGUUCUGCCAGUCCCUGCGUAGAAAUGCCAAGGAUGAGCGGGUUCUUCUUCAUUACAAUGGCCACGGCGUGCCGAAGCCCACUGCCAGUGGAGAGAUCUGGGUUUUUAAUAAGAAUUACACUCAGUACAUCCCAGUAUCGCUAUACGAUCUUCAACAGUGGCUUCACGCCCCUACGAUUUACGUCUGGGACUGUUCCGAAGCCGGCAACAUCCUCAACAACUACCACAGAUUUGUCGAGAAGCACGAACAAGAAGAGGACGAAGCUGCCGCGAGAGAUCCCAACUACGAGAAGACCGUGUUUCAGCCCUAUAUCCACUUAGCUGCCUGCGGCGUCAAGGAGAAUCUCCCUACCAACCCUCUCCUCCCAGCCGAUCUAUUCACGGCAUGUCUCACUACCCCUAUCGAAAUGGCUCUUUGGUUCUUCGUUCUUCAAAACCCCCUCAAGACGAAUCUUACCCCAGAGCGCGCCAAGAAGCUGCCCGGUAGGCUACAGGAGAGAAGAACGCCACUCGGCGAGUUGAACUGGAUCUUCACAGCCAUCACGGAUACUAUCGCUUGGACUACACUGCCCCGACACCUAUUCCGAAAGUUUUUCAGGCAGGAUCUCAUGGUGGCCGCUCUCUUCCGCAACUUUCUCCUAGCCCAGAGAAUCAUGUCUGUCUAUGGGUGCCAUCCGCAGUCUUUCCCCGAGCUCCCUGAGACCCGGCAGCACCCAUUGUGGGCAAGCUGGGACUUGGCCGUGGAUAUGGCACUAGCCCAACUGCCUAUGCUGGAGAGAAAGGAGAACGAAGGUCUCGAGUACGAGUACCAGAACUCAACCUUUUUCACCGAACAACUGACAGCAUUCGACGUUUACCUGACUCGUGGCGAUGCACUUUCUCAGAGGCCCCCUGAGCAGCUUCCAGUGGUGCUGCAAGUUCUGCUGAGCCAACAGCACAGAGUCAGAGCGCUCAUCUUGCUCGGAAGAUUCCUCGACUUAGGCCCCUGGGCAGUCCAGCUUGCCCUGAGCAUAGGCAUCUUCCCAUAUGUCCUCAAGUUGUUGCAGUCCGCUGCCGCAGAGCUGAAGCCGGUCAUGAUCUUCAUUUGGACCCGCAUUUUGGCUGUGGAUAUCUCAUGCCAGCAGGACCUUAUCAAGGACAGCGGAUACAACUACUUUGCCCAGAUAUUGAAGCCGUCCGAGGGCUUGCCAGUCGUUAACGAAGCUGAGCAUAAGGCGAUGUGCGCUUUCAUUCUAUCGAUGCUCUGCAAGGAUUAUAAGCCAGGGCAGCAUGUGUGCAACCAAACCGACAUAAUGACCUACUGCUUAAUGCACCUGCAGAAUCAAGAGAAUCCGCUCCUGCGUCAGUGGUCGUGUCUGUGCAUCAGUCAGCUGUGGCAGGAACUCCCAGAGGCUAAAUGGCGUGGCAUUCGAGAGAAUGCGCCAGCCAAGUUGUCAUUUCUGACAAAGGAUCCUGUUCCUGAAGUCCGAGCUGCCAUGGUGUAUUCCAUGACUACUUUCCUUGGCAUCAUCGACCUGACGGAUGAGGUCGCUCGGAUCGAAGAAUCCAUCGCUUGGACACUUCUAGACAUGGCCAACGACGGAAGUCCAAUGGUCCGUCGCGAGUUCCUUGUCUUCCUGUCAAGGUUUAUUCUUCGCUUUGAGAGCAAGUUCAUUGUCGCUGCUUAUGAACAGCUUCAAGAAGAAAGGGAAUAUCUCCUGUUCCCUCCUGGCCAGGAUGGCAUGGACCACAAGAUGGGCCUGCAUUAUGCACGGAAAGAGAACAGAAAUGCAGACGGCACCAUCAAGCCCAAUGUUCACGGUUUUGCUCACAAUACUGUCUUCUCAGCCUGCUGGAAGCACGCUCUGAUGCUCAAUGUUGAUCCUCAUCCUGAGGUUCAGCGUGACGCUACAGUAAUUGUGGACCAUGUCCACCAAGCCGUGAUGGCUUCGGCUGUUGGUGAGCAUGCGCAGAGUCUCAUCGAUGACAUCCGAAAGAGGGCAAAGCGUGCGUCGACAAAGAAUCACUUGCACUUGAGCCAAAGAAGUAAUGCGAUUGGCGUUUCUAACUCUUUGGCUACUCCACCACUGCCAUCUCCUGGCCUGUUGCGUCGCACGGCAAGCUUGCUUUUCCAGCUGCCACUAUUCGGCAAUGAUGGAAAGGCCGAUGCCAGCGAAAAGCCGAACUACUCUUCUCCGGCACCAUCACCCGGUCUGCAUAGGGUUGGCUCCCAGAAGAUCAAGGCCCCUGAGCUUGCUGAAGCGCCACCAGAACAGAGCGAUCCAACGGCUAUCCAUGCCAAUUAUCACAUUGCCAAAGAGCCUGUCUCCACUGGAUUUGAGGAUCGUAAGCUGGGCGAAGCACCAGCCAUGCCACUGCAAAGUUCUUUCCUAGAGUGGUCUAUUGAAUACUUCUGGGAGCCUCAGAUGAAGCCGAGCGAGUCGGACGAGCCUGGCAGCACUGAGUAUAACGAACGGCUCUGGAGAAGAUCCCGGAACGACUUCAUCUUGACAGAAACGCAACCACUCAAGCAGUUCGCCGGUAGCCAUAAGUGGAAUAAUCAGUUGGGCAUCACCAACAAUGGCUCGCAACCUGCCAAACUCACCUUCCACCAGUUUGAAGACCAGGUUGCGGUUGCAGACGAUGGUAACACGGUGUGCGUUUGGGAUUGGAAGAAGCAUGCACGGCUGAGCAAGUUUUCCAACGGAAAUCCUGAAGGGUCGAGGAUCAGUGAUAUGAAGUUCAUCAAUGAGGACGACCAGGCAUUCCUGAUGACUGGUUCGUCAGAUGGAGUCCUCAGAAUCUACCAAAACUACGAUUCCGACAAAUCCAUCAACCUAGCCUCGUCUUGGCGAGCACUUACACACAUGGUGCCCAGUAACGUCAACUCCGGUAUGGUGUUCGACUGGCAGCAGUCGCUCGGCCGCGUACUUGUGGCUGGCGAUGUGCGUGUCAUUCGGGUGUGGUCUGCUGGCGCUGAGAAAUGCGUCAUUGACAUUCCCGCCCGGUCUGGCUCCUGCGUCACGUCUUUGACAUCUGACCAGAUGACCGGUCACACAGUUGUGGCAGGGUUCGGCGACGGCGCUGUCCGCGUUUUCGACACCCGUAUCAGACCCCAGGACUCCAUGAUCAAGAAGUGGAAGGACGAAACGGAUAGGCAAUGGAUCAAGAGCGUUCAUUUGCAGCGCGGCGGACAACGAGAACUGCUCAGCGCAAGCAGAAACGGAAAGGUCAAACUGUGGGAUAUUCGCAUGGAUCGACCUCUCCACGUUUACCAAACAACUCGAGACACCCUUCGAACAGCCAGCACGCAUGAACAUCUGCCGGUGUUUGCUGUUGGAACAUCUGCACAUGCCGUGAAGGUCUUCAACUUCGACGGUCAAGAGUUGUCCCGUGUCGAACCGUACUCAAGCUUCCUUCAACAGAACAGGGGCUCUCCCAUCGCAGCAACUGCCUUCCACCCGCACAAGCCGAUCUUGGCUUGCGCUGCUCGUGGAGACUACCACGUCAACCUCUUUACCUGCGAGAAGUCCGAGCCCCAAUCCCUGGUUGCCUACAUACUAGGGACUGGCGAGGUUUUGGCGUUCGAUUUGGUCGCGUUAUGCGACAACGGCAGACAGAUGAUUCAUACAUUGUUUGGGCCUGAACGUGACGAUGAAGCAAGGACCAGAUUAAACGAGGAUGGCUACGUCAAUCUCAUCAGGAGUCAGAACGCUAAUCUGCUGGUCGAGGAGAGAGUCUUCCAUGGAAGUUAUACAUUACUUAACCUAGCAGCCGAAAGCUGGGCGAUCUGCCUGGUGCGUAACCACCUUUACACCAGUGAGAUCUGCACUCUUGGGCGCAAUGGAUGGGCGAAUUGCAAGGCUUCAGGGGGUUGCGAAAGAGUUAGAGAGUUGGGUUGGUCUUGGUUGCCUUAUGAUAGGCUGGUGCGUAUUGGCGAGGCUGGCGUUUUCUGUCGGCUCAACAAAAGCCGUGCUGACGACGUUGAGGAGUGUCAACUAGCAAUUUGUCGUCUCUUCUUUGCCAGACGUCUUAGAUCGAGCGCGUAUUCCGACUUUGCAGUACCGACGAUGGUUCGUGAAGUCAAUACCAGGCCCGAAAUCCGGGAAACGGAGGCGCGGCGGCGCGAGUUGGCUGAGGUUGCUCUCGCGGUGAAGCCCGAGGUGUACGGUUCCGGUGUAGACGCCAUCUUGGACCGGCAGCUUCGGGUAAUUGUCGACAAUCACCAACCUUCUGGCUCCGGCGAACUCAAUAAGGGGAUUUUGACGGAUCCGAAGCCUCGUGAAGCUAUCGAUCAGGGAUGGGUCGACGUCGGUGACACCAUGACCCAGGCAUCUUUCGGAAAAGAAGAUCCAGAACCUGUUGAGCAAGGGUCGGCUCGCACUACUACCCCCAAAGCCGAGACCGAUCUGGACAGAAAACUACACGAAAUCACCGAUGAGAAUUCCUUGAGUGAAACACGGGAUCUUCUCCAGCAGGGAGCGAACCCAAACACAUUAUCCGCUCAAGGAACCCUCCCCCUCUGCGAACACGCCCGGCGCGGAAACCUGGAAACAGUCAAGUUACUCCUCUACCACGAAGCCGGCGUCGACCUAUCCGACGCGAGCGGUCGAACGGCGAUAUCCUACGCCGCGGAAACGACGGACCCGGCAAUGGCUCGCUUGUUGAUGGCGGUCCCGGGCAUAGACGUCAACCUCAAAGACGGUGAUCUGAGGGCGCCGGUGUGGUAUGCCCUCUGCGCGUGGAUCAAGUCCGGUCGGAUCUUUGUGCCUGAUACGGAUACAUUGUUUGUGCUUCUUGAGGACGAGAGGGUGAGGGUUGAGGAUGUCGAUGGGGAGGGGAGGGGGUUGCUGCAUCUUGCUGCUGCGGCUGGGGCUGCGGAUCUUGUGGAGUUUUUGUGUGGUAGGGGUGAUGUCGAUGUGAAUCGUCGAGAUGGGAGGGGACGUACUGCUGUUGCGUAUGCUAUGGGGUGGAAGGAUGUCGGGGUGCUUGGGGUGUUGUUGAAGUAUGGUGCUGGGAUCACGGUGGCUCAGGGCAAGGGCUUUGAUGUUGUUUCUCCGAGGCGGAGGAGAAGAUGGGUUCAAGGGCGAUGGUGCUAUGCUCGUAUCAUAGACUGA